AUGAAUGAGCUGUUUGAUGCAAUCAAAAGCGAACCUACAUCAAAAGUCGAAUCUUUGAUCAAAAAAGGAAUGAAUAUGAGCUUACGAUUUGAUAAUGGACAAACUCCAAUCCAUUUGGGUGUUGAGUUGGGUGAUGAGGAUACCGUAAAAUUGCUCGUCAAAUACCAAGCCGAUGUCAAUGCCAAAGACAAUAAAGGAAAUAUGCCACUUCAUAUAGCUGUGGAUCAUGGUAAUGAGAAUAUUGUUGAAUUUCUCAUCAAACAAGGCGCCGACGUCAAUGCCACAGACGAUAAAGGAAAUAUGCCUCUUCAUAUAGCUGCAGUAUCCGGUAGUUGGUCAU